AUGCCAACCAGAGACUUGGAAUAUCCUCAGGGCUGGCUGUUCAGGUGGACUCGAAAUAAACUCAAAAGUGUCUGGCAAAAGAGGUACUAUGUCUUGUCAGAAACUGAAUUAAGAUACUACAAAGAUCAGCAAGGUUGUGAACUAGCUGGUAUCAUUGAACUGCGCUUCUAUAAAUCAGCACAAGCCUACACAACAAAGAAAGCACCCUAUUCAUUCCAAAUCACCAGUCGCUGCACCGAACGCAAAUCAUACAUCAUAUCCGCAGAAAACGAACAGGACCGCCAAUUCUGGAUCGCUCUCAUCGACGCUGCUAUUCGCGAUCUGGAAUCAAAGACAAUGCAACGUUUUGAUAGACGAGAAACACAAGUAGACGAAGAACAGGACUACUCAAACAGUGUGCUCGACAAAUGGCUCGACCGGCUGGACCUCAACGAUCACAACCACAGCCAAAGUCGAAUCGACAGUUCGCUAUUGUCUCCAAAGUACGCUCCUUCUCUCAUUUCCCACGACUGUGACUCUAUCAUCGACAAAUAUGCCUCGAUUCCACCAGCCCUACGCUCUUGUCAGUCAAUCGAAUCACUCAACACCAAUGGCAGCAGUCUGCGCUCAGAACCCACAACCCUCUCUUCGGGUUCCACCAGAUCGCUUCUGCAACCUUCCUCAUAUUGCUCAGCCCUUUCGGCCUCCAGUCCAGGAAAGGGAAAAGGACCUGAAGUUGUGGUUACAUCUAGUCACAGUACGCCACCAUUAGGAUCAUCACUACACUUAACCACCUCAACUCCUAGUCCAUCUUCCUUUGACGCCACUACCUCCCCCUCAACCCGAACCCGAACCUCAAACCCAAACCCAAAUUAUCUGUGGCAACCACAACCCAGAAAUUCAUCUCUAUCCUCGACUAAAACCAAAGAUCUCAAAAAGGCAUUUUCUAGCACGCGUUCAGUUUCCUAAUCUUUUUUUUAUUAUUAUUAUUAUUAUAUACUUUAUAUCAAUAUUGUAGUAUAGUCCAACGUAGUGUAUUGUAUUUUAUUCUAUUAUCUUAUCUUACUUCAUUAUAUGCCAGCUUUCCCCCACUACUAUCUUAUAUAACUCUCUUAUUUACUUUAUGGUAAUUGAAUGUAAUAGCACCAAAUCUAUCCAUUCCUUGAUAUAUUCAUUCAUUCAUUCAUAUUCACAUUCAUAUUCACAUUCACAUUCACAUUCACAUUCACAUUCACAUUCACAUUCAUAUUCAUUCAAUCGUUUAUAUACUCAUUCAUUCAUAAAUAUAAAUAUAAAUAUAUAUAUAUAUAUUGUCCCUGUAUUUUAUUAGGAAUUCAUUUUAUUCUUAUUAAUAUCAAAGUCUAUAAAAGAGGAGGGAAAAAGAAAGGAAUGGGUUCCAUAUGUCUGGAUUCGUUUAUCCGAUUUUUUUUAUUGGCUUAUAAUGGAAAUAACGGUACUCGAUACAC